AUGUCUGGCAUGGAAUUUGUGGCCGUCCUUGCCUGUGUGGCCGGUGUCGUGACGGCCUUCGAGCAAGGCGAGAAACUCGUGAAGAAAAUCCGAGAAAAGCGCAGAUUGAAUCAUCAGGCAGCUCUUCGACCUGCAGAACUAGAAAAUUCGUUGGCGAUUGGGUCAUCUGCAACAGAACAAGCGAAAAGAGAUUGUACAACACAUUUGGGGAAGGCUUUCGAGCGCGGGGAUGGAGUUGCCAGCACUGCCCUUAUCCACAUUCGGAAUGAGCUUUACGAGAGCAUUGUAAAGCACCUGCUUACAGCUGAUGAAGAUGACAACUCAGAACACGAUUUCAGUGCUAUGAUUGAGGUGUCUGACUUCGGGAGAAUCCGUAGCGUGAUGGUCCUGAAUGAGCUUCUCAUGCGGAUAGCCCAGCAAGCUCCUGUCCAGAGCAUACAGACCUGGACAGAUAGUGACAGAGACUACUAUAGGAGCUUGAGUUCCGUGGAGUCAAGAGCCACUAAUUCUUUAUCAGCCAAUAGGAGGGUCUCUUCAAAUUCGAGUCCGCGCAGCCCUUCCAAUCCUUCUAGUCCAACUUUCAAAAUUGGCUUGCGCCAGAAGCUAUCGAAUUGGUCACGAAAUGCCUCCUAUAUCCAAGCUGACCAUCGACGGCAGCAAGAUAGCUUUGGAGACUCUGCAGAUACUCACUUCGACCGGCAAAGCACACCGGUAAGCACUCUAAAAGGAUCGCCUCAAUCAACUUUUGUGAAUGGAUCUCUGGAGUCCAAUAGUCUUAGUACAAUGGCAACGGCAAAUCCCUGGCAUAAUGAACCUACGAGUCCGAGGUCUAGGCAAUCAGCACAUGAAGGAGCUGGUAAUCGUACCGAGAAAAGAUUGCCGAAGACCAAGAGAUGGUCGCUUUCUGCCUCUACCACAGGUAAACAAGACUAUGGUGGCUUCUGCAAGGGCGCAUGUAUCAUGCGAACUGGAAAUGGAGGCAUGAAUUUGUGUAACCAGUCCGUAGCCAUGACCGGACAAGGUCAUUACUGGGCUUGCUCUAAAUGCGCUUUUGAAGGCGGGGCAAUCAAAAGCAGCAAAGGUUGGUCGUUUGAUGAAUCAGUCCGCGAAGCAUAUGGCGUACGCUAUCGUUGGAAAUUCCUGGCCAAGUCACAUGUGGCACCCACGGAGAGGGUAAACAAUCGUAUUUAUGAUUAUCAGUGCGUCUUAUGCUCUGCGCAAGGGAUGGAGCCCGUUGUUAAGAGGGGUGAAAAGGCUUUCAUGGAGCAUGUGAGUGGACACCGAGGAGACAAGCACAAUCGUUACGGAAUGCAGCUCAUUGUUGCGGAGUUUGGGAGGGUGGCGCUAGAGGAGCAAAAGUCAUGGGACGUCAACCUCCUGCCUCUUGUCAUUGAGGAAGUAGAUGGCGAUAUAUCAAGGAUGAAGUCAUCCAGCCCGGGGUCGGGCAUUAAUAUGAACGCUAAGAAUUACGGAAACUACCACACGAGACUUGCAACAUUAGGAUCAGAACCAUUGUUGCAAUCCCCUGAAGAUGCGAGGAUUAACGAGUGCUAUGAAGGUCGGAAAAGGGACGAUGAGGUUUACAGCCCCAUCAACGACGAAAGUAUGCCAGUGCAUCCAGCUCUGCGGGCCCAGUUUUCUGUUCCUGAUCCGUGGCGAGAUUCGUACGUAACCGUGCAAGGAGAUCUCUGA